AUGGCUCUCCAACAGAACACCCCCGCCGUCUCCUACCCCGCCUUUUACCAGCAAAAUGGACUGCUAGCUCGUAACGGCGGCGUAUGGAACGUACAUUCCCCUCCUGGUAUCGACUGCUCCAGUCUCAAAGCCUCGGAUCCGUACAUUGGCGACGUCUUCGGCCACGAUAUAUUCAAUCCAAAUACAGAAAAUACGAGGGUUGAGCGACAUGGAACGACGUUAAUCGACUAUGUCACUCGCUGUGGCUCUACGGCGCUGCUCUUCGUGGAGAUUGAGAUGCGCGUACCUGCCUACCACGACAUGGGUUACAUCUCAGUCAUGCAAUUUCGAUCCUUCCGUAUCACUCGACCCUCGCUCCCAGCUACGCUUCCACCUCCAUCUAUUCCGGUGCCCCUUCGUGACGAUACAUUUGGUCCUCUCGUUGGCAAGGUAGUAUUUCUUCUCUGCCUCGCUUUGUCGACGAAGGAACGAGCACCGAUAAUCCCACCCGUCUCCUUGAUACAAGAGAUGCAAGGGGCAAACUAUGGCACGAUAGCAAAUCUUCUUAGUUCUUCGCCAUCUACGUUGGGCACGGAAGACCAGACGACUCAGGAGCGUCCUACUUCUCUCCCUGUCGAUGCGCUCCACGAGUGGGCCACUAAAUAUCGUGAUCUCAUUCCGGAGACUCUCGAAGCCAAACUCUUACGUGCUGGGUAUUUGCCUCGUGAUGAUCCCAAGAGGUACACCGAGGACGAGUGGUAUACUGUAUGGGACGUGACUCGCUUUGAGUUCGACAGACUCAUCGAGGCCUAUAAUAAUACUGUCCGGGCAAAUCCCUUGUGA